UCCAGGCAGUCUCUGUGGCUCUGCACAUGAGCACAGUUGCAGCCUCCAGGAGGAGAUGCCAUGACCUUCACCUUCACAGCCCUGCUCUGUCUGGGACUGACUCUGGGCCCGGGGACCCCAGUGCCAGCAGGGGCCCUCCGUAAACCUAUCCUCACAGUUCAGCCAGACUCUGUGGUCCACAAGCAGACUACAGUGGCCUUCUUGUGUGAGGGGACCAGAGUAGCCAAACAGUACAUACUCUAUAAAGAAGGAUACGAGUAUCUACGGACCACAGAGAUUCCACAGAAUCCUAAGAACAAGGCUAAAUUCUCAAUCUCAAAAGUAGACCCCAAUCAUGCAGGACAUUAUCAGUGUUGCUAUCAAACUCACACUGGAUGGUCAGAGCUCAGUGACACCCUGGAGCUGGUGGUGACAGGAGCACACAGUAAACCCAUGUUGUCAGCCCAGCCCAGCCCUGUGGUGACUGAGGAAGGGCAUGUAACCCUCCAGUGUGUCUCAAAGCAGCGAUACUACAGGUUCAUUCUGACUGGGAAAGGAACACGGAGUAUCUCCCAAAUGCUGGAUUCAAAGUAUAACUACUCUAUUCAGCAGUACGAGGCCCUUUCCUCUGUGGGCCCUGUGACCUCCAGCCAAAGGUGGACAUUCCAAUGCUAUAGCAAUUACUGGAGUAGCCCAUUGGUAUGGUCAGAACCUAGUGACCCUCUGGAGCUCCUGUUCUCAGGCACCCUCUACAAACCCACCAUCAAAGCUGAGCCAGGCUCUGUGGUCAACUUAGGAAGUCCCGUGACCAUCUGGUGUCAGGGGAUCGUGGAUGCAGAAAUAUAUGUUCUACAUAAAGAAGGAAGCCAAAAACACUUAGGCACACAGAUCCCAGAGAAGCCUGGGAACAAGGCCAAGUUCUCCAUCCCUUCUGUGACACAGCAACAUGGGGGACAGUUUCGCUGUUACUGUUACAGCUCAGCUGGCUGGUCAGAGCGCAGUGACAGCCUGGAACUUGUGGUGACAGGAAUCUACUACAAUAAACCCAGCCUGUCAGUCCUGCCCAGCCCUGUUGUGACCUCAGGAAGGAACAUGACUCUCCAGUGUGUCUCACAGAAUGGAUAUGACAAGCUCAUUCUCACCAAGGAAGAUCAGAAGUUCCUCAGCUCCAUGAACUCACAGUACAUACAUAGUAUUAGGCAGUGGAAAGCCUUGUUCUCUCUAGAUCAUGUCACACCAGACCACAGAGGGACAUUCAGAUGUUAUGGUUAUUACAGCCACACUCCACACUUGUGGUCAGUACCUAGUGAUCCCUUAGAAAUACACAUCUCAGGCCUGUCCAAGAAGCCCUCCUUGCUGACUCACCAAGGCCAUAUCCUGGACCCUGGGAAGAGCCUCAUCCUGCAGUGUUGCUCUGACAUCAACUAUAACAGAUUUGCUCUGUACAAAGUGGGGGAAGCUGACUUCACCCAGCAUGGUGUCCAGUGGACCCAGAGUGGCCUCUCCUUGGCCAACUUCACACUGGGCCCUGUGAGCAGAACUACUGGAGGCCAAUACAGAUGCUAUGGUUCAAACAACCUCUCCUCCGAGUGGUCAGCCUCCAGUGACCCCCUGGACAUCCUGAUCACAGGACAGCUUUCCUUCAGUCUUUCCCUCUCAGUGAAGCCUAACUCCACAGUACACUCUGGAGACAACGUGACCAUGCUGUGUCAGUCAAUAAGCAAGGUGGACACUUUCCUUCUGUCCAAGGAGGGAGCAGACCACCAACCCCAGCGACUAAAAUCACAGUCUGAAGCUUGGGAGUUCCAGGCAGAAUUCUCCAUGAGUGCUGUGACCUCUGACCUCUCGGGCACCUACAGGUGCUAUGGAUCUCAAGACUCAUCUCCCUAUCUGCUGACACAAGCCAGUGCCCCUGUGGAGCUCACUGUCUCAGUCCCCAGUCCACCACCCGCAAAGUCCAUGCCAACGUACGGACUGGAAGGGUACCUGAAGGCUCUGGUCGGAGUCUCUGUGGCCUUCCUCCUGUUCCUCUUCAUCCUCAUCUUCCUCCUUCUCCGACGAAGGCAUCAGGGAAAAUUCAGGAAGGAUGCCCAGAAAGUUACAGAAUUGCAACUUCCUGCAGGAGCUGCAGAGCCUGUAACCAGAGACAGAGGCUCCCAGAAGAGAUCCAACCCAGCUGCUGCCAACCAGGAGGAAAAUCUUUAUGCUUCAGUGGAGAAAAUGCAGCCUGAGCAUGGUGUGGAACUGGAGAGUUGGGCUGCUGAAUCCGAGGAGCCCCAAGAUGUGACCUAUGCCCAGCUGUGCACCAAGUCACUCAGACAGGGGAGAGCUGCACCUCCUCCCUCCCAGGCAGGGGACGCCCCAGAGGAGCCCACUGUAUAUGCUGCUCUGGCCGUCACUCGACAGGGUUCUGUUCCCAGAAACAAGGAGCAAUGACCCUCUGCCUGCCAGGAGACCGAACAGAGACCUCCAAGGGGUUCUGUGAACUUUGGGGAACCUGACUGCUUUUUAACUAACAUCAUACAUUUUGGAAAUGAAGCAGAUUUCUCGAUAAUCACGUGAAAUGAGAAACUAAAUAGAAGGGAAUGGUUUCACACUGAGUACUAGUUCUAAUGACAUCACUCAUCCAAGCCAUGAAAUGAGAAACUUACAGGCUUGGUUGCACAGAUCCAUAAUCCCAACCCCUGGGAGGCUGAGGCAGGAGAAUUGCCUUUGUUUUGUGGUUUUCUUGGCAUACCUAGUGAAUUUCAUGCCAGCGUGGGCUACAGAUUGAGACGUGUUUCAGACAUUAACCACCAAAGGCCAGGGUGGAGGUACACACCUGGAAUCCCAGCGCUUUGAAGGUGUGGACAGGAGGAUUAAGGUCAUCUUCACCUACACAGCACAGGAGUAAGAGGCCAGCCUAGAACACAUGUGACACUGUUUUAAAAUAAACAGGCCAAGCAUGGUGGUGCAUGCCUUCAAUCUCAGCAGCAGCUGGUCUAAUAGGAAUUUUCAGGAUAGCCAGGGCUACAUAGAGAAACCUUGUG